UUCAAGCAACUUUACAUACAUAUGACGUUGCACAGGAAAUGCAAAAUGUGACUAGUUAAAAAUAAGGUUAUAUGAGGAAACAGAAGUUCCUGUAACUUGGCUGUCAUUUUUUCAAAAGAAGAUAGACUGAAAAAGAGAAGUUUACAGAUAUUAGCGAAGGCAACACGAGGCAUGCUUAGUUGUGAGCGCUUAGUGUUUUUAAUACUAAUUCUGGAAAUAAGUUUAGCAACUGCUUAAGCUUUUUCUAUUCCAUCAAUUUACUGGAUCAAUCCUUCUCUUUCUUGUUAAUAGAUGAAGCAUGAAUUUAAAGAAUUCUAUACCACAUAAUGAAGAGAAAAUAGAUUAUGAUUCAAUAGGAAGAGGUGCUGCAUGUAUCAUCAUUAUUGUAGGAGUCAUUUGUUGCUGCUAUAGAGCCAAAAAGAAAGGUGAAGCAGAUGAAACAGACUAUGCCAUAGUAACUGCACUAAAACCUGAAGAAGAUGCUGACAAGAAUUUUAAAGAACCAGACUAUGCAGACGUAAAUGAAUUGAAGCCAUUAGAGGAAAAUAACACUGACUGCAAAGAACCUGAUUAUGCACUGGUGGAGAAUCCUGCAUUGCUUUCAGAGGAAGAUGGCAACCGUAAUGGCAAAGAAUCAGACUAUGCAGAAGUCAAGGACCUGAAAGCAUCAGAAGAAGAUGAUACUAACUGUAAAGAAUCUGAUUAUGCACUUGUACAGAAUCCAUCAGUAACAGAAAAUGUUAACCAGAAUGAGAAAGAAAACGAAUAUGCAGAUGUGAAUGAACUGAAAGCAUUGGAAGAAAAUAAUGCUGACCUUAAAGAAUCUGAUUAUGCAGUUGUGAAGUCAGCAUCAAUUUCUGCAGAGGGUGAAGUUCAAGGUAAAAAUGACCCUGACUAUGCAGAAGUAGACAGAUCAAGUAAACAUACAAAUGGUGGACAGAUUAUAAAGGAGUCUGACUAUGCAAAUGUAGAUGAACUAAAAUUGGCAGAAACUGAUGGAAAAAAUACUGAAGAGUCUGACUAUGCUAUUGUGAAUAGCACACAAUCAGAUGAUAAAGAUUCAACGAAUAUUGUAGAACCAGUCUACACAGAACUUUGUGACAUCCAAGCAACUCAGAAUGACAAUAACAGAGAAGUGCAGUCUUUGGAAGAUGAGGAAGAAGGUGCACUAAAUAUUAUACAGUCAGACAAUGCAGAAGUUUAUGACCACCAAUUACUUCAAAAUGAUAACAACAGAGAGACAGUCAACGAUGCAGGGCAGUCACCAAAAGAUGUGGAAGAAGAAGAUUCUUCAAGGUGAAGCUGAAAUGGAACAGAACCAUACAACAUGACAAUGAAAUGAAACACAUAAACAUGUCUCCAAAAGUACAGUUCAAAGAAAAAAAAUAAACACUAGAAUUUUGAAACGGUUUCAUCAAAGUCCACAAGUAAAUUCCAUUAAAAUAUUGAGCUAUGAUCAAUAUGGAAGUGUUCAUGCUUGUAAAUCUGCAAAGAAGAAGUUUGACAAACUUCAUCACAGCCCUGUAUGAAAGUGUUCAUUAACUUAUUUGGGGUUGCAGUUGUUGGGGUAAAGGUGAAGCAAGUAAUUUUUUAAUCUUAAUAGGGCAAGUAGUUAUUACAUGGGGUUUUGAAAAUGUAAUAACUUUUAAUGAUAAAUUAAUGUAAAAAAGUAUAGGCACAGUUAGUAUGUAUGUUAAGCAUUUAUGUAUACACAUUUUCUGACAUUUUUUCAGUCAGUGUCCAUUUUUCCAUUAUUAUGUUUCUGUUGUACAUCAGAAUGCAACACGGCAGAAAAUGAGAAAAGCAGACAGGGCAAGUUUUAAGCUUUUAUACAUAAUUUUACACAUAAUAUAUGUUGAAGUAAUGUGUGCAGAUUGGCAGCAUCAUUUUCUCCUCAAGGCUCGACAUAUUCAGCAACAGAGUAGUGUACAAAGCCCCUGCUGUACUCCUUGCUUAUUUAUGAUUAUGUGGCCAAACACAACUCCAGGGGCCUCAUGUAUAAUGCCGUGUGUAGAAGUCACACUAAAACAUGCUGUAUGGACAAAAGUAGAAAUGUGCGUACACACAAAAAAUUUGAGAUGCACAAAAACACAUUUCAGCUCCAUAAAUCCCAGUCAGUGUGAAAAGUAACAAAUGGGCAUGCGCCUGGCGCUCCACCCUGACUCCUCCCAUAAUUUUGCAUAUUUUAAUUUGCAAAUCAAUAUAAAUAUUACCUUCCGUUCAGUGUUUGAUUAAAAAAAAAAUGGCAAAAGCACAUGAAAAAAAUAAUUUCAGCGAUUGCGAAGUGGAGGAAAGGAAAAACAUACUAUUUGUUGGCUUAAGCAGUGGUAUUAGCAAAAAAAGGAAGUUGAUUGAGUGAUACAGAGUGGUGGAGACACUCAAAAGUUCAAGUUCUGAAAGUCACGCAUUGCCUGAAAUAAAAAAGAAGUGGUCAGAUAUCAAAGUCACCAUGAAAAGGUGAGUCAUAGCCCACCGUCUGAGUGUCAUAUGGAACUGUAUUAGCAUACA